CACUUACUAGCAAAUUAUGCAAUUGCAGGUUUUUAUUCUGGACACAACGAAUGAAAAAGUAAAACAAACAGUGUUGACAAGUAGCAACAAACAACAUUCACAUUCACAACAACGCAAAAGUGGCAGAGAAAGCCUCCCACCUCCCACGUAGGCCAAUUAAGAACGGAACCGGAUAUAGUAUUAAUAUAAAAGAUAAUAAUAUAUAUCGAAAAUUAUAGGUGGCUUGCAUCGCGUCAUUUUAUACAUGAGAAUGAUAUAUUUCUCUACUUUAAAUUAGAAUUUUACAAAAAAUAUGAAAAUCUUAUACACUUAUACCCGAACACAACAGAUCAAAAACUGAUAAUUGCUCGAGUUGAAAGUAAACGAUUUAUGAGUGGUUCACGAAGUGAGGUACAGAAGGUACAAAAUACUGUGUUUGUCUGAACACUGGAUGUGCCGGUGUGCCCUGAGGAGCUUAAACUUUUGAACAUCUCUAACUAUAAGUUAGCUGCUUUCCAUAGUCGAAGUGAGUACCAGUGUUGUGGUGUGGCCAUUUUCAUUGAUGUGGAUAUGCAUGCCCUAUUUGCAUGACGUGUUGAUGUUACUACACAUUGCAUGGAUAAGGCUCAUGAAUUUGCCUGUGUUUCUUAUGAGCUUGCUAGACUGUAUAUUGUUCUGGUAUACCGCUCCCCAGCUGGGAAUUUUGAGAACUUCCUCCUUGCCCUUGAGAAACUUAUUGCUGAACUUACCAGGGUAAACCCAAGCUUUGAGGUUGUGAUCGGAGGUGACUUCAAUGUGGAUCUGCUGAAGGCUGAUAACAGGGCUAAAGAUUUUAUCAAUCUCCUUCGAUCCUUGGACAUGUAUCUGGCCAACUGGCGGCCCACUAGACUCGAUGCUUGCCUGGAUAAUGUGGCUUCAACCCUGAGGAUUGAUGACUGCAUUAGGUGCUCUCCCUUAAACCUUUUCCUCAGUGACCACCUGGCACUCGAAUGCACAGUUGAGGUGUCCAGUCUGGUGUCUGAGCCUGUGAGGCAUCAGCGGCAUGUUUGGGUGAGGCCCAUUAUACAGUGUGGACAGCAACGUUUCCUCCAGCUCCUGGAUAAUAUCAACUGGGACCUGCUGUUGGUUCACCCCUGUGCUGAGCUGAAUUUUACAUCAUUCUUCAAUGAGUUCCUAUGCAUCUUCAAUGGCUGUUUUCCUCUAAAGAGGAUCCUCCAGGGACAAAGUAAGAGGCAUGGAGUGGCCUGGGUCACAGAUGGACUGCUUGAUUUGCGUGACCUGAUGCUUGUGGCAUAUGAGAAAUUUCGAGCUGAUAGACUUCCAUCUUCGAGGAGAAUCUACUCUGGCCUGAAAAAGUCUUACCAGCAGGCAGUUAGGAUGGCCAGAUUGCAGUUCAACUCUGCACUUAUUGACCGGUCUCCCAAUAAGUGCAAGGCUGCCUGGAGUAUUAUCAGAGCAAGUACUGGUUCUUCAGUGCCAUCUACUAUUCCUGUUUCUGCGGAUGAUCUGCAUGACACCUGGACUGACUCGAUUCAUAGGAUCCGUGGGGGGAUCCAAGCUUCCUCCUCAGUGGCGGUGGACCUGCUGGCUGCCUCAGUUCGCCCUCCAGACUCUCAGCUCCUGACCUGGCGCCCUGUGACGUGUGAGGAUGUUCUAUGGAUUGUGACUAGCUUGAGCAAAUCUUCAAAGCAUUGUCCUGUAUGGCCUCACACUUUGGGGUGGAGCCGCAGAUGUUUCACGAGUGUUACUCAUUCAGAAGAGGGCCCUGAGGAUCCUUUGUGGUGCUGAGCGUCUUGCCCAUUGUCGUCCCCUCUUUGUGAGAGAGAGAAUCCUCACAGUCUUCUCCCUCUAUGUACUUCAGACCCUCUGCAGAACACAUGCAAAUGUGGGGGAGCUUGUAAGAAGGCAGAAUUUUCACUCACAUGAGACUAGAGGGAGACAGAGGCUGGACGAGCCCUACCAAAGACUGAGCAGGACACGAUCGAGCUAUGGCCAUCUAUCUGUCAGGCUCUUCAACAAGCUGCCGGUGAUGGCUAGGAAUCUGCCUGCCGGCAAAUUUCGGAGGGUCCUGAGAGACUUAUUGUUGGAUAAUCCUUUGUACUCACUCCGAGAGUUUUUCAUGUUGGACAGCAGCUUGGAAGUGAGCAGAAUGGGUUGUUUCACACCAGCAAACAGAGACGUUAUCUGUGUGUUGGUGGAUGAUCGAAUUAUUACUACUUCUUGUCUGAAGAUUGUGAAACCUACCUCCAAGAUAAAUGGCAGAACUGGAAUGAAAGUUGCAGUCGCUCUGGAUAGAUCGAUUAGCAUUUGACAGCAGUGAAACCUCAGAGGGUAGUAUCGCGUGGUAGGCACCAAUUUCACGCACCCAAUGAUUAUCUGAAAUACGAUGACACAGAAAAAUAUUAUUAAUCAAUUUGGAGCCUUGUAAUUUGUAAAUUAUAAACAGUAUUGACAAUAUAAACAGAUCAAGUGCAAAAAUGGUCUAAACUAGACUUUUUUAUGUAUUGUGAAAUGUUCUUUUCUUUUUUAAGAACAUUGAAAAGAGUUGAGAGCUCUAGCUUCAAUCAUCUAAUCCAUAAGUAAUCCAUUAAAUUUUUAUUGAAGGAAUGCCUGUGGACAAACAGCCAGUUAAGGCUGUAAACAAUGUUUACCAAAACAUUUUGAAAAACUUGAACCUCUAGAUCAUAAACGAAGUAGUAAAGAAUGAUAAUGAUUGAAUUUAGCUUGAUUUUUUAUAAAAUAAGCAAAGUUUUUCCUAUGAUAUUAACUUACCU